GGAUUUUUCAGCUCGGUUAUAAAAGUUAUGCCAAGCUCAGAAAGCCGUUAGUGUAAGACACUCCAGAGUCCGGCAGCACUCUCACAAACCACCCUUACCGCACACAAAAUGGAUGACGAACAUGUUCAGAUGCUCAGGAGAGCUUUCUCCAUGUUUGACUCGACCAAAGCCGGUAGAAUCGAAAAGGAAAAAGUGCGCACGAUCCUCAACACUCUUGGCCACACCUUCGACGACCAGGAGCUCGAAGUUCUCCUCCAAAAAGAGGACGAAGAUGGCAGCGGUGUGCUGAAUUUCGACUCGUUUUAUCGGGUUGCGACCCACUUCCAGGAGGAAGAUGACGAGGCGUUGCAAAAGGAGCUCAAGGAAGCUUUCCGUCUUUACGACAAGGAGGGCAACGGCUACAUUCCGACGAGCUCGCUCCGCGAAAUUCUCGCUGCCCUCGACGAUCAGAUAACACCGGAUCAGAUGGACGGUAUGAUCGCUGAGAUCGACACCGACGGAUCUGGCACUGUUGACUUCGAUGAAUUCAUGGAGAUGAUGACCGGCGAUUAAGAUCAACGAUCCCCACCGAAGCCCAAGCCCGCUUCGUACGAUGAGCACCAUUCACAAGUGCGAUGUUCGUUCGGUCGACGCAAGCAGGUCAUAAAAAGAGGAAGGAAGUACAAUACGACAGUUCAUACCGGAGAGUUUCGACAUGUUUUUCUUAACCUUGUUUAUGAAAAUUAGAUGAAAGAAAAAUAGAACGUUCUUUCGUAAGAAAUCAUGUGACUGUAAAUAAAAAUGAAAGGCGAAAAAAUUGCGUGUGUAUUUACGCUUGUACGAUAGCGAAGGCGCAACGAGAAAGGAAAAGCUGUGACGCGAGAGCUAUACGAGAGUUGGAUUUAGGUAAAUAAAAGAGAGAAUAAAGGAAGAGAGCCGUGAGUGGAAAAUUUUAA